AUCUCGUAAUUCACUUUUCUUCCCUUGCAGCCAUGUGGGCACCCAGGCUCCGUCACCUCUGUCUGACCUUCCUGCUAACCUGUGUUUUUACCUCAAUCUUCUUCUUCCACAUCCGCCAAGACCUCUUUCACAAUGGCUUAGGCCUGUCUGCCCUAUGUCCAGACCGUAACCCAGUGACAUCCCCUGUGGCCAUCAUCUGCCUGUCGGGCACACCCAUAAACCCCAACGCCCCUUUUUCCUGUCCCAAGCAUCCUGCUUCCCUCUCAGGAACCUGGACUAUCUACCCAAACGGCCGGCUUGGGAACCAGAUGGGGCAGUACGCCACGCCUGCCCUGGCCCAGCUCAACGGCCGCCAGGCCUUCAUCCAGCCUGCCAUGCACGCCACCCUGGCCCCCGUGUUCCGCAUCACCCUGCCCGUGCUGGCGCCUGAGGUGAACAGCCGUACACCUUGGCGGGAGCUGGAGCUUCACGACUGGAUGUCGGAGGAGUACGCCCAACUGAAGGAGCCCUGGCUGAAGCUCAGCGGUUUCCCCUGCUCCUGGACUUUCUUCCAUCAUAUCCGGGAACAGAUCCGCAGUGAGUUCACCUUGCACGACCACCUUCGGCGAGAGGCCCAGAGUUUACUGAGUCAGCUCCGGCUCAGCCGCACGGGGGACCGCCCGAGCACUUUCGUGGGUGUCCACGUGCGCCGUGGGGACUACGUGAAGGUGAUGCCCUAUCACUGGAAGGGUGUAGUGGGUGAUCGCGCUUACCUCCAGCAGGCUAUGGACUGGUUCCGGGCCCAGCAUGAAGCCCCGAUCUUUGUGGUCACCAGCAACGGCAUGGAGUGGUGCCGGGAAAACAUCGACACCUCCCAGGGGGAUGUGACCUUCACUGGCGAUGGGCAAGAAGAUGUCCCCAGCAAGGACUUCGCGCUGCUCACACAAUGCAACCACACCAUCAUGACUAUUGGCACCUUCGGCUUCUGGGCCGCCUACCUGGCUGGUGGAGACACCGUCUACCUGGCCAACUUUACCCUGCCUAACUCCAGCUUCCUGAAUAUCUUUAAACCCAAGGCCGCCUUCCUGCCUGAGUGGGUGAGCAUUAAUGCAGACUUGACUCCACUCCAGAUGUUGGCUGAGCACUGAGCAGCAGGGAGACUUUCUGAAACAGUCUGAUCAACCUAGGGCCAGUGUUAUGUAUCUCUGGAAGCCCAGCAGCUUCUGGAGAAGCUGGUGGUCCUGCAGCUGGUGGACACCCAUUUCUAGAGUGAUUCUAGUUGGCUAGACUUGGAGAAAAAGGGGGGCUGGCGUUCUGCAACUGCCAGAACAUUCUAGAACCAAUGGAAGAUCUUUUCCUGAUGGCUGGCAACUCUGCAGAAGCUCAUGGAAGUUCUAGAAUGCACAGUGCCCACCUGUUCUUCCCAGCCCAUAUCCAGAGUACUUCUAGAUCACUGCCCCACCAGGAACAGGGAACUCCCUGUUCCAGCAUUGACCAUCCUGGUCUUUUUGAGAAGAGAUAUUUCUCUUCCCUGGGUCAUCAGGACAGAAGGAACUCAUGGAUGUGCUAUAGCAAGCACUCACCAACUUCCCUUCUGUGUUUCUGGCGUGAUUCCAGAGGAGGGAUUUUUUCCGGAGAGGGUCAGCUCUAAUGCCUGUAAAGAACCCUGUGGGGACCUUCCAGAGGGCUUGGGAUUCUGGAAUUCCAGAUUAUCUCGGCAAAGAAGCUAACAAAGGUAAAACCAGCAGCCCAACACCUCACCACUGCUAGAAAGGUUGAUGAACGACAAACUCUCUGUAGCUGGGGCAGUUUGUGUGACAAGUGGAACUUUACCCAACAUUUCAGCCCCUGAAAAACCACAGAGAUGCUAAAACAUGGGAGGGGUGGGGGAAGGGAUGCUGCUGAAUGCUGCAGCUUAAGGAGCAAGGCUCUGCAGAGAUCUAGGGACACCAUUUUUUUUUUUUAAGCUCAAAACUGCCAAAGGUAGACAUGCACAUCUUGGCUCCAAGUUCCUGUUGCUUUACCCAGUUAAGGAAGUUUCCUCCUCUGCAGCUGGGCUGCUGGGGAGUGAUGGUGUAACAGGGAAGAACAAAAUCUGACUCAAUGUUGGAUGUUUCUUUUAUGUUAACUUUUGCUUUCCCUUGCUUUUGUUACUAUAAUCACUAAAAGGAUGCUAUCUAUAGCUAUAAGCAUACAUGAUGGUCUGCAUGGGGAACUCUGCCCCUCUGACUGAAUGUUAAACCAAAGUGCCUUUGUUCAGCUCACAGGGAAACAUCCUGCCCACGCACCCAUGAAGGACUGCAAGAAAGAAGAAAUUAACACACCCCCUCCCGGAUGCUGGCCAAGCCAGGAGAUGUUUUGCAAGACUUAUGGCCUUUUUACUUUACUUCGUCACAUCCUCCCCAUCUCUGUUCUAUAAAAGAAACUAGCAUCCAGGCCCCAUAAGAUGGUACUCUAGGACACUAAUCUGCCCUCUUCUCAAACACCCGGCUUUCUGAAUAAAGUCACUGUUCCUUUCCUCAACA